AUGGGAGCUUUAACAAGCAGACAGAACAUAGGCGUGGAAGAAGUGGACAUUCCGUCCAAUUCGGUGUAUCGCUAUCCACCGAAAUCUGGGAGUUACUUCGCCAGCCAUUUCAUCAUGGGAGGAGAGAAGUUUGAUUCCACGCAUCCAGAGGGGUACCUGUUUGGGGAAAACACAGACCUUAAUUUCCUGGGGACCAGACCAGUAGCGUUCCCGUAUGCAGCGCCUCCACCUCAGGAACCAGUGAAGACGUUACGAAGCCUUAUUAACAUUCGAAAGGACACACUGCGGCUUGUAAGGUGCAGCGAGGACCUGAAGCUGCCGGGGGACGAGUCGGCGGGGAAGAACAGGGCCUGCUACAACAUAGAGUUCACCUUUGACGCUGACACACAGGUGGCCAUCACCAUUUACUACCAGGCCAUAGAGGAGUUUCACAAUGGAGUUCCAGUUUACCUGCCGCAGGACAGCUCGCUGCAGUCUGAGACGGUGCACUUCAAAAGAGGCGUGUGCCAGCAGUUCUGCCUGCCCUCGCACACCGUUAACCUCAGCGAAUGGGCCGAUGAGGAGGUAGGGCGCCCGUGUGUCGUGUGCACGGCACGAGCACGUGCGAGGCUGUGUGUCCAGUCUGCGCAGACUGACCCCCCACGGGCUUUCUCUCCACAGCUGCUGUUCGAUAUGGACAAAGAGAUCUUCCCCAUGGUUGUGCAGGCGGUCGUGGACGAGGGGGAAGAGCAUAUGGGCCACUCUCACAUACUUCUGGCCACAUUUGAAAAGCACAUGGAUGGGAGCUACUGUGUUAAGCCCCUGAAACAGAAACAAGUGGUGGAUGGAGUGAGCUACCUGCUGCAAGAGAUCUAUGGGAUAGAAAACAAAUACAACAGCCAGGAAUCAAAGGUUGCUGACGAUGAGAUCAGCGACAACAGUGCGGAGUGUGUUGUGUGUCUGUCUGACGUACGAGACACGCUCAUCCUGCCAUGCAGACACCUGUGUCUCUGCAACGCCUGUGCAGACACGCUGCGUUACCAGGCCAACUGCUGCCCCAUCUGCAGGCUACCAUUCAGAGCUUUGCUGCAGAUCCGAGCGAUGAGGAAGAAGCUCAGUCCUCUGUCACCUACCAACUUCAAUCCUGUCAUCACUUCCCAAACGUCCGACUCAGAGGAACACUCGGCAUCAGAGCACAUCCCUCCAGGUUACGAAGUGGUGUCUCUCCUGGAGGCACUGAACGGGCCUCUUAACACCACUUCAGUGGCUCCCCCCCCCCUCCAGUCCGGCCCCAGCCACGUCUCAGGAGUGCUGCCCCCGUACAGCAGCGAGCCUCACCCGGCGCCAGCCCGCUCCCUCUCCCCGCUCGACCAAUCCAACUCCAGUCAGGGCCUCAAAAUGAAAAGGAGCGGAUCGAAGUCACUUUCCCAGAAUUCCUCUGUGCUUCCGGAGGAGGAAGAUGAGAAGUCUUGCAGUGAAUCAGGCGCCUCCCGCCACAAACUGGUAGUGGACCAGCAGGAGUGCGGAGUGACUCCAGACAGUGAGAAUCUGACUCUCUCCUCGUCUGGAGCCAUCGAUCAGUCAUCCUGCACUGGCACGCCGCUCUCUUCCACCAUUACUUCCCCUGAAGACCCAGUGAGCAGCAGCCUCGCCCAGUCAGUGAUGUCCAUGGCCUCGUCCCACUCGCAGCACUCCCACAUCAGCACUGACACCAUGUCCUCCAUGUCAGGGUCCUAUCUAGCCGGGGCUGAAGGUGAACCUCAGGGGGACGAUGGGGGAGACAUGGAGGGCGAGGAGAACCAAGACGCCCUCAUGGAAAGCCGAGGACCCUCGCAACAAGACGGGGAGAUUUCUAAGGAGCCAAAGGAACAAAACUACUCAGUGGCUGUGGAGGAGCAGGACUCAGAGGGAAAUGAUGUCACAGAAGAGGACUGCUCCUCUCCAUCUAAUGGGAAAGGUGGGCGGAGCAGGUGUCCAGAGUUGGCCAAUAACAAUCAGGGCGUCGCCCACUGCGACACGCCCUCUUUGGGGUUGGAUAAUGAGCAGGCUUCCGACAGCCGAUUCGCCGAUCUGAUGUACCUGGCAGGCUACAGGCCUGUGCUGGAGCCCUUCACACACCGCUCCUCCACCAGCAAUAUCAACCUGGAGGAGCAUGUGUUGGAGAGCAGGGACGGCCAGAGUCCUCAACAUCCCCGCCACGGACCGCUCAACGUGUAACACCUCUACACAAACACCCGUCCAGUCCAGAGUCAGCUUUUCUUACCCUGCCAUAGUGCUGCAUCAAUGGACACUGUCCUCGCUGAGCAGUGAAACACAUUCCCACCUUUCUCCACAUUUUCUGGAUUUAUGUAGUUGCUGUUUCUGAUACCCUUCAAGAAAGGAGAGAGGAAGAAAGAGGAACCACCUUUCAAUGAUUGGUUGCACUUUUUAUCUCUUCAUUUUCUUGUCUGUGACCUUACUUGUUGUUGGAAUGAUUAGCCUACUGCUACAUUAUUAUUUAUUACCUGUAGGUUUAUUGAGAGCUGUGUAUUGUGACAUUAUCUUUAAAGAUACAUGCUGCUCCUCAUCUCUCUUUCUUUCCUGUCCUUCUUACCGUAUUACCAGCCAAACAGUCAGGGGCUACUGUGAUCGGCAAUCGGAUUUAUUACUACUAACUUCCUCUCUGUAAUAAACUGUGUGUUGAACGAGUGUUCAGACACUUUGACGUCAGCUCUCACCGAACUACCUUACCUUUCUGAAGAAAAACAAGCCCACCCCUCUCUUCGGAUCAGGGAGCUGUUUCGACUUUGCAUGCAGCUUUCAAGUUUUCCUCUCAUUGACACCACACCUUU